GCAGUCAACUCUGAACUUGAUUGCAGGAAACAUGAAGCCCUUUGCUGUUUUCCUUUCCAUUUUCUUUUAUUUUUCGUUGGUGGCAUGUGCACCGCAAGAUGCGGGCAUGGCUGCAAAAUCAGGCACCUCUGCUACGGGAAGAAAGGAAAAAUGGGCAAAUGAUCAUUAUGUUCCAGCGGUAAGCCACAUCAACCCCCAUGACAUAGUCAGAGAAACUAGACCUGGGGGAAACUCUGUCAACGGAUACUACACUCUCGUCUCGCCGAAGCAACGUUGGCCAAGCACCGAAAUUCCUUACAAAUUCGAAGCCACAAGCGAGUUUACUGCCGAUCAAGAGGGCAUCAUCAUAGAGGCGAUGGAUGAAAUUUCCGCAGAGACGUGUCUUACGUUUAGUGCAGCGGUGGACGGAGACAACGAUUACCUAUCGUUUCAGCAAUUACAAAGUGGCUGCUUCGCUGAACUAGGCUACGGUUCUGGUGGAGCAAGAGUUGUGAACGUGAACAGCCUCGAUGGCUGUUUGGAUGAUACAACCACUACGAUUCACGAAAUUAUGCACGCUCUCGGCUUUGAGCACGAACAGAGUAGGUAUGACCGCGACCUUUACGUCGAGGUCCAGUGGGACAACAUAGAUGCUACAUUUAAAUCAAAUUUCGAUAAGCUGCCCCGCACUUACGCCUUUCCGCAGUACAAUUUUGACUUUGGUAGUGUCAUGAUGUACACUUUGGAUGCUUUUGGCAAAGGAGGACGGCCCUCUAUGGUUUUGACGCCCAAAGCGAGUGUCACCGAUGAGUAUGAGGUUGGUCGAGCGACAAACAUGUCUGCCUCCGAUAUUGAUCGUAUCUUUUCGGCCUAUGGGUGCUAUGACGACUAUGAAGAACCAGAUUUUGGCCGUAUUAAUGGAAGAACUCAGCGGCUUACCAUUUUCUAAUUUCUCAAUGUGAUUUGUGGAUUGUGUAAAAUAAAAUUAACGUUGCAUACA